AUGUCGUCCGCCAUGGCCAAGAUCGCCGAGCUGGAGGCCGAGUACGCGCGCACGCAGAAGAACAAGGCCACGAUGAAGCACCUGUGUCUGCUCAAGGCCAAGAUCGCCAAGCUGCGGCGCGAGGUGACGGACGGCGGCUCCAAGUCGGGCGGCGGCACGGGCGAGGGCUUCGACGUCAACAAGGUGGGCGACACGCGCGUGGGGCUCGUGGGCUUCCCCUCCGUGGGCAAGUCCACGCUGCUCACCAAGCUCACGGGCACCUUCUCCGAGUCGGCGUCCUACGAGUUCACGACGCUCACGGCCAUCCCCGGCACGCUCAACUACCGCGGCGCGCGCAUCCAGAUCCUCGACCUGCCCGGAAUUAUCGAGGGCGCCAAGGACGGCAAGGGCCGCGGUCGCCAGGUCAUCGGUACGGCGCGCACGUGCAACGUCAUCCUCAUCGUGCUGGACGCCAUGAAGCCCGCCACGCACAAGAAGCUCAUCGAGUUCGAGCUCGAGGGCUUCGGCAUCCGCCUCAACAAGAAGCCGGCCAACAUGGUCUUCCGCCGCAAGGAGCGCGGCGGCAUCAACUUCCAGACCACGUGCCCGCAGAGCGAGCUAGACGCCGACACGGUCUACCAGAUCCUGCACGAGUACAAGAUUCACAACGCCGACGUGACGCUGCGAGCGGACGUGACCGUGGACGAGUUCAUCGACCAGAUCGAGGGCAACCGCGUGUACAUCCCGUGCCUCUACGUGCUCAACAAGAUUGACCAGCUCACGAUCGAGGAGCUGACCAUCAUCGACCAGAUCCCGCACAACGUCGUCAUCUCGGCCCACCACGGGUGGAACCUGGACGAGCUGCUCGAGACGAUCUGGGACUACUGCCACAUGAUCCGCAUCUACACCAAGCCGCGCGGCAAACUGCCGGACUACAGCGCGCCCGUCAUUUUGCACGAGGAGUCCCCCACGGUCGAGAACUUCUGCCAGCGCAUCCACAAGUCGCUGCUCAAGGAAUUCAAGUACGCCUGGGUCUGGGGCGCGUCCUGCAAGCACCAGCCGCAGAAGGUCGGCAAGGAGCACGUGCUCCAGGACGAAGACAUUGUGCAGAUCGUCAAGAAGGUGUAGGCAGAGCCCGUCGAGUUCGUCCCAAGCAAGAGGUCUCAAGUGUCUCGCAGUGGUUGGGUGCAGCUGAGAGCAAUUUCUGCUACUGUAGUUAGUCGACGCCGGCGGAUGACGGGGCGGCUAACGCAGACAGAGCUGUGUUCGCACGUGAGGCAGCUGAGUGAUUUAUUAUGGACUCUCUCGCUCGUCGGCGCCGACAGACUUAAGCUCUUCUGAUCGUUAGACAGCUUGACUACUUCAUCGACGAAGUGGUUCCUAGAGCUGGCGCAAGAUCUGUCUGGAUGACUACCAAUACACUACCACUUGAC